CGCGGCUCAGACCUCAGUGUCCGCAGAGCCUCCGGGAGGGUGCCGGGUGCCAGCCGCCGCCACCGCCACGAUGCCCAACUUCGCCGGCACCUGGAAAAUGCGCAGCAGCGAGAAUUUCGACGAGCUGCUCAAGGCGCUGGGGGUCAACGCCAUGCUGAGGAAAGUGGCCGUGGCGGCCGCGUCCAAGCCGCACGUGGAGAUCCGCCAGGACGGGGACCAGUUCUACAUCAAGACGUCCACCACCGUGCGCACCACCGAGAUCAACUUCAAGGUCGGCGAAGGCUUCGAGGAGGAGACCGUGGACGGGCGCAAGUGCAGGAGUUUGGCCACUUGGGAGAAAGAGAACAAACUACACUGUGCCCAGACGCUCCUGGAAGGCGAGGGCCCCAAGACCUACUGGACCCGGGAGCUGGCCAACGAUGAGCUCAUCCUGACGUUCGGUGCUGAUGAUGUCGUUUGCACCAGGAUCUAUGUCCGGGAAUGAGGCGACGCACGCAGCCCUGCUGGGUGGGUGCAUGUUCUCUGAGGGGUGCCCUGGGUCUGCCCUCCCUGUAGUGCCCGUGCCCGUC